CUCCAUUUUACGCCCAAUUGUCAUUUUAUCAGAGUCCCCUUGUGCUACUGCACAAAACCACAAACCCUCUCUCUCUCUCUCAAACACGUAUGGCGGACGAGCCCUCGCCCUCUAUCCCUAUACCCCCACAGUCCGCCUUCGCCCCCCUAUCCUUCGUCUAGCUCUAGGAUCUAUUUACUCCACAUCCUCCACCUCUUUCCCGACUGAUAUGGAGGACUUCCAGAGCAACAGAAGCAUCAACAACGGCGCGUGCGACACCGUGUGGGAGUGCGUGAUCCCGUACGUGCAGGACGCGCGUGACCGUGGCGCGGUGUCGCUCGUGUGCAAGCGCUGGUACAAGAUCGACGCCAUCACGCGCAAGCACGUCACCAUGGCGCUCUGCUACACCGCCUCCCCGCGGAGCUUGUCGCGGAGGUUCCCUCACCUCGAGUCGCUGGAGAUCAAGGGAAAACCACGCGCCGCCAUGUUCAAUUUGAUCCCGGAGGACUGGGGUGGGUACGUCACGCCGUGGGUGGAGGAAAUCGUCACGUCCUUUCGGAGGAGUAUGAAGGUGCUUCACUUCCGGAGGAUGAUUGUCAAGGAUUCGGAUCUUCAGCAGUUGGCUGCCUCGGCUGGGAACGUUUUGGAAGUGUUGAGGCUGGAUAAGUGUUCCGGCUUCUCCACGGACGGUCUUUUACAUGUCGGGCGCUUAUGCAGUGAAAGGUUUUCCAGUCAUUUUCCGAAUUCAAUUGUCCAUGCUAUUUUUGGCUUUGGGGACUGGAAUUUGAGGAUCUUAUUUUUGGAAGAGAGCUCAAUAAAAGAUAACGAUGGACAAUGGUUGCAUGAGCUUGCUUCGAACAACACGGUUCUUGAAAAUUUAAACUUCUACAUGACUGAGCUCGCGCAAGUCAGUUCUAGAGACCUUAAACUGAUCGCGAGAAAUUGUCCGUCUUUGGCCUCGAUGAAAAUUAGCGAGUGUGAUAUUUCACACCUCGUCGAUUUUUUCAGAACCGCUACUUCAUUGGAGGAGUUUGGUGGGGGCUCCUUUAGUGAUCCUCCUGGACAGAUUGGUGAAGGUGUUUUCAAUGAGCAAUUGGAAAGAUACAGUGGCGUUGUAUUCCCACCGAGAUUAUGCGGCUUGGCUCUCACUUAUCUUGGCAACACACAUAUGCCCAUUCUCCAUCCUGUUGCUUCAAGGCUUCGAAAGUUGGAUCUCCUUUAUGCUAUGCUGGACACUGAAGGCCUUUGUCUCUUGCUGCAACGAUGUCCCAACUUAGAAAUACUCGAGACGAGGAAUGUCAUCGGAGACAGAGGACUGGAAAUACUCGCCCAAUUCUGCAGGCGAAUGAAACGCCUCCGAAUCGAGCGCGGGGCAGACGAGGAAGACAUCGAGGAAGGUGUCGUGUCCCAAACAGGACUCAUUGCCUUAGCUCGUGGCUGCCUCGAGCUCGAGUACCUCGCCGUUUACGUGUCCGACAUCACCAACGCAUCCCUCGAAUGUGUCGGGGCCCACUCCAAGAACCUGCGCGACUUCCGCCUCGUCCUCCUCGACCGCGAGGAGCAAAUUACCGAUCUGCCCCUCGACAAUGGGGUCCGGUCACUUUUAAUGGGCUGCAGCAAAUUGAGACGGUUUGCACUCUACCUCCGGCAUGGCGGGCUGACUGACGUGGGCCUGGGCUAUAUUGGCCGUUACAGCCCGAAUGUGAGGUGGAUGCUGCUCGGGUUUGUGGGUGAGUCGGACGAGGGCCUGCUCGAGUUCUCGAGGGGUUGCCCGAGUUUGGAGAAGCUUGAAGUGAGGGGUUGCUGUUUUAGCGAGCGUGCGUUGGCUGAGGCGGCGGUACAGCUGGCGAACCUGAGGUAUUUGUGGGUUCAGGGGUACCGAGGGUCGGGUGAUGGGCGGGACCUGAUGAGUAUGGUGAGGCCGUACUGGAAUAUUGAGUUGAUACCUGCGAGGCAGGUUUAUGGUGAUGGCGGGAUGAUUGUGGCGGAGGACCCGGCUCAUAUCUUGGCGUAUUACUCGCUUGCUGGCCAGAGGAUGGAUUUUCCGGCGAGCGUGAUGCCGUUCAACCCGGAUAGGCUUCUCAAGAUAAGGAUAUGGGCUAAUAGAGUUUGGUGGUCCAUUAGGAGUUUUCAUAGUAUGUUACCAGAUUGGAACGGUCUCCUACUGCAAAGCAGUUUUCCAGGAUAUGGGCUUAUAGAGUUUGGUCCAUUAGGAGUUUUCGUAGUAUUUUGCCAAGAUUCGAACGGUAUCCUACUGCUAAUAGUUAUGUCUUGA